CAUAAAGAGGCCAGCCCCUCUCGUUUCAUAAUUGCCCUCAGCUAAUAAUAAGAAAAAAAAAAAAAAAAACAAGAGAGCCAUUGAAAAAUUUUCUUUGACCCAUUUCACUUCCCUCUGCAAUAAAGCUUUCGAGAGAGGGGGAGGGGGAGAGCAGAGAGAAAUCAAGAAAUGGGCAACUGCUGCGUAACCCCAUCAGCAAAUGGCGAGAGCCCAAGAGCCAAACCCAAGAACAGAAAGAAGCAGAACCCGUACUCCCUAGAUUACAACAGAUCGCCGAAUCCUUCAAACCCAAAGCUCACUGUCCUCAAGGACCCAACCGGCACCGAGAUCCAAAAGCAGUACUCACUGGGCCAGGAGCUUGGGAGAGGAGAGUUUGGGGUCACUUACCUUUGCACCGACAAGUUCACCGGCGAGGUCUUGGCGUGCAAGUCGAUAUCGAAGCACAAGCUGAGGACCGCCGUGGACAUCGAGGAUGUGAGGAGAGAGGUUGAGAUCAUGAGGCAUUUGCCGCGGCAUCCUAAUGUUGUGAGCUUGGGGAGCACUUAUGAGGAUGAUGGGGCUGUUCACCUCGUGAUGGAGCUCUGCGAGGGUGGAGAGCUUUUCGAUAGGAUUGUGGCGAGAGGGCACUACACUGAGAGAGCUGCCGCUGCUGUUACCAGGACCAUUGUUGAAGUCGUGCAGAUGUGUCAUAAGCAUGGUGUAAUGCAUCGAGACCUCAAACCAGAGAACUUCUUGUUUGGAAACAAAAAAGAAACAGCCCCUCUCAAAGCAAUUGAUUUUGGCUUGUCCGUGUUCUUCAGACAGGGUGAGCGUUUUACCGAGAUUGUGGGCAGUCCCUAUUACAUGGCUCCUGAAGUUCUAAAGAGAAACUAUGGACCUGAAGUGGAUGUUUGGAGUGCAGGGGUUAUCCUUUAUAUUCUUCUUUGUGGUGUACCACCAUUUUGGGCAGAAACUGAACAGGGAGUUGCCCGUGCUAUUAUUCGUUCAGUUAUAGAUUUUAGAAGAGAUCCAUGGCCUAAAGUUUCUGAUAAUGCUAAAGAUCUUGUCAAGAGGAUGCUUAAUCCGGAUCCAAAACUGCGAUUAACAGCUCAGGAAGUGCUAGAUCACCCCUGGCUGCAAAAUGCCGCAAAGGCCCCAAAUGUAUCCUUAGGAGAAUCUGUUCGAGCACGACUCCAACAAUUUUCAGUGAUGAAUAAAUUCAAAAAAAGAGCUCUCCGGGUGAUUGCUGAACAUUUAUCUAUAGAGGAAGUAGCAGAUAUGAAGGAAAUGUUCCAAAAGAUGGACAUCAACAAAUCUGGCAAGAUAACACUGGAAGAAUUAAAGCAUGGACUUCACAAAAUGGGGCACCAAAUCCCUGAUGCAGAUGUUCAGAUAUUAAUGGAGGCUGCUGACGUGGAUGGAGAUGGGACCCUGGAUUAUGGAGAAUUUGUUGCGGUAUCUAUUCACAUAAGGAAGAUAGGGAAUGAUGAGCACCUGCACAAAGCCUUUGCCUACUUUGACGCGAACAAGAGUGGAUACAUAGAAAUUGAAGAGCUUAGAGAAUCCUUAGCAGAUGAUCUGGGUCCGAAUCAUGAGGAAGUCAUCAAUGCCAUUAUCCGUGAUGUAGAUUCUGACAAGGAUGGAAAGAUAAGCUAUGAGGAAUUUGCCGCAAUGAUGAAAGCAGGCACAGAUUGGAGAAAGGCAUCACGACAAUACUCUCGUGAGAGGUUCAAUAGAAUCAGCUCGAGAUUGAUGAAGGAUGGAUCUUUACAGAUGAAAAAAUGAUCGCAGAAACAUCAGCGGAGAAAAAUGACAAUCCCCUUUAUGAGAAGUUAUAAUCACAUCUUCCCAUUUUGUUGGUUCAACACAAUUCUUUCCUUUUCUUUCUUUGGGAGUCCUCGGCAUCAUAAGGGACCUUUGAUUCUAUGGCCAGUUGCUAAGUCAAAGUUUUUCUGUGGUUAUGAUCCUACCCAGCUCUUGUAUGUAUUGAGAAUUCAGCUUUUCAUUCUGUUUUGUAUUCUGUGCAUAUUGACUAAGCAAAAGGAAACCAUAAUUUGCUGUAUAUUAUGUUGAUUAUACUAGAGGCCUUGUCUUAUGUUUGUUGAUUGGCCUGCUGGAAGCACUUGUACCAAAAGGAAUAUGAAAUGUUCUACGCUCAACUCAGACUCUUUUCUUCUUCUA